GGGUGUUCAUAUACAUAUAGAAAAUUUUACAAUAGCACCCAUAUACAUGUAUUUUUACACUAUUAGUUAUAAAAUUUGGGUGUUCACAUGAACACCUUUGACCUAUAAUAGGUCCGCCCCUGGUUGAAUACCAUAUACUAUAAUGUCGGCUAAACAUAGUCAUUUAGCCUACAAUAAUACACAAUGUUAUAUGGGGUUUUUACUUGGAUAUUACUAUGAACCAAUUAUCCAAAAAGUGACCACUUUUAAAAAGGGGCAAAAAAGUGAUCAAGAAGGUCAUAUAUGUGCAAUUAGAAAACAUGAUGUAACUGCAAAAAUUUUAUGUCACUGCGUGCUCAUUUUUUUGUAACUAUAGCCACCACCCAUGUCACUACAACCACUGCCCGUGUCACUGUAGUCACCGCUUGUGUCACUACAACCACCGCCCGUGUCACUGUAGCCACCGCCCGUGUCACUGCAGCCACCGCCCGUGUCACUGCAGCCACCGCCCGUGUCACUGCAGCCACCGCCCGUGUCACUGCAGCCACCGCCCGUGUCACUGCAGCCACCGCCCGUGUCACUGCAGCCACCGCCCGUGUCACUACAGCCACCUCCUGUGUCAUUGUAGCCGCUGCCCGUGUCAUUGUAGCCGCCGCCCGUGUCAUUGUAGCCGCCGCCCGUGUCAGUGUAGCCGCCGCCCGUGUCACUGUAGCCGCCGCCCGUGUCACUGUAGCCGCCGCCCGUGUCACUGUAGCCGCCGCCCGCUGGCCAAUCACUGUCGCCCCCUCCCCCCCCUCCCCCGGGCAAAGUCACUGCCAACCACGCCGGCCGGCCAGGCGACAACCGCACCCCAACCUAAGCCCCAGCCCCUGUCCACCACAGCCCCACCCCGCCCCAUCCCUACCACACCCCCGCCCCUGUCCCAAGACUCUGCACUGCCCCCUGCCAUUGAACCACCUCCGCCCCCGCCAUGACCAUUCCGACCGGCGACUGCACCUCAGCCCAACCACACGCCACCCCAGUCCUACACAAUAGGACACUGAAACCCGUCUCCCACCCCUGCCACUGAACCACCUCUGCCCAAAUCGGAGUCGCCAUCCAGAUCUGGCGCCGGCGGCCCCAAGGACGGCGGAUCCGUAACCGAAGGCAUCAAGUCAUCAACGAUGGCGAAUCCGGUACUGGCGGCCCCAAGGACGACAGAUCUAGCACCGGUGACCUUAAAUAAAGCCAUCGUCCAUCCAGCCGACGGAUCCAGCACCGGCGGCUUCGGUUAAGCGAGCACAGGCGCGGCAAAGGUGUGGAAAUCGAGCAACGAAGAAGAUGGGUAGCGUUCAACAAGAAAUGAGAAGAAGAAGAAGAAGAAGAAGAAGCGCGCGUCGGCGUCGGAGACGACGUACGCUGGAGCAGUGGCGGUGGAGGGCGUCGGCGACGGCGGACGCUGGAGCAGUGGCGUCGGAGGGUGUCGAUCUAUCUUCAGGCUGAGCUGCGUUCUUCUUCGAGCUGUAAAGGAGAUGAAGCCUUGGAAGAGGAGAAGGGGCACGGUCCAAUUCAUUCUUUUGACUCAUACUUUUGGGAAAAGCAAAAUCGGUCAUAA